CCUCAUAUUUCUUCAGUAUUCUUUAAACUCCAACCCAGCUACAAAAAUGGAACAACCUUUGACAGAUGAUCAAUUACAAAUGAUGUACAAAAUGGGAUUUCCAGAUUAUGUACAAAGAAUGGGCAUGAAGUGCUUCAAACGUUGUGUGCCGAUCACCAAAGAGACCACUCUGAGUGAGCCCGAACAAAAGUGUAUCCAAGAUUGCUGAGACAGCUACGUGCAGACCAUCGAGACUGUAUUCGAAGUAAUCAAGCAGAAGAAUUGAGAUAGAAGAGGCUAUUAAAAUAGGUUCAAUAGGGUUUG